GCUUAAAUUGCACAAAAAAUACUGCUUAACUAUGAAAUUGAAUUGCUUCAGGUCUUUAGAGAUUGAUGACCAGGAUCGGCCAUCCCUGCGCUUCUUGUUUGUUGGUGUUUGUGGGGAAACUGGAUUUUGCACAUAAGUCCUGAUAUGAUAACGCGACUGACUGACUAGCGACAGGGAUAAAUUCAUGCGCUGAGCUUAUCUUAAAUUGCGACCCGGCGCUAGGACCCGCGGAGCGCUGCUGCCAAGCAUUGGAUAAUAGCUGCUGUGAGGACUCUUGCUCAGUUUACAGUUUUGAAUUCGGCUGUGAGGUGCUGUGGAAGAUGGCAGGGAAUAGGGUCGGAAGACGGUACCAUAACAAGGUUCACUCGCCGAACCGGGGGAUCGGAGAACAGGGGAUCGGGCUGCAGAGGAGGCAGGCGAGGGUGACGGUCAAAUACGACAGGAAGGAGCUGCAAAAACGUGUGGAUGUGGAGAAGUGGAUCGACGACAGCUUGGAUGAGCUGUAUUCGGGAAGGGAAUCGGAGAUGCCUGAAGUGGAUAUCGAUGGCUUGUUAGAUCUGCUGAGUGACCAGGAACGGGGACAGAAACUGCAGGAUAUCCUCCAUUUGUGCAAAAACAACACAGAGCCGUUUAUCAAGGAACUGGUCUUUAAACUCAGCGGACUUCAGAAACAGGAAGAGCUUCACAAAAAAGGAAUCGAGCCUCACCACUAGGGGGCAGAGUUCCUCAAAAGCUACGGGUGUGAGCGAAGCACGGUGGCUGCAAGUCCCCACACCCCUCACACUCCUGUACAUACACAGCCCUCGCUGCAAGGUGGAGCCAAUCGCAGUUUUUGAUUGAUGCAAUUGACCACAUGAUGCCAGUUCUGAUCCGCUAAAAAUCUGUUUAUUGGAAUAAUGCGUCAAGCUACUGCUCUAUUUUAAUGAACAGGUGCUGAAGUACGGUCAUUAUAAUAGAACUCUAUAUAUCUAAUUACUCUGGCUGGCUGAUUUUAUUAACCUUUUUUUUUAAAUGCAAUAAAGUAUUAUGUUUUAUGGUGGUGGUAGUAAGGUUCGCCACAGUUUAGAUCCUGAAAAUAGACUCCAAAUGCGUGAGGGGUAGGUGGGAGGGGUUAUAAGCUCUGGCCAGUCUGUAGAGCUCCUCCCCCCUCUUAAAAAAACAAAAAAAUUAACGAAAGAAAAUAUUCAAAUACUGUUUUUAAGUGCACCAACCAGUCAAUCAAUCACACGAGUUUAUAUAACUGUAUUGUUUUUGGACGCUUCUGUAAUGUUUUGUAUAGAUUUUUUUUUUUUUUAAAUACCAAGUUAUUAUCCUGCUGCUUUUUUUUUUAAUAAUUUCUAUUUUUUAUAUACUUCAUAAUAAUAAAAAUUAAGAUUUAUUGCUGCGUUGUUUUUUUUUUAAGUACUAUUGAAAUUGCAUCAAAGUGCCGUCCGCUUCCAGCUUUAUUAAAUGUGAUUUAUUUUUCCCCCCUAGCACGUAGCGCGCGUCUCUUGCUGGAUGAAAGUUUUUACUGCAGGAUUUCUCGAUUUCCACACAUUAACACACUUGGUUAAGGAUAUAUCACAAAGGAAGGAUCACGCUAAUAAUACAUGCAUGCAUAAGGCUACAAAUCGAUUAAGGGGGCAUUAUGAAACUCUGAGUUAUUGAAAUAUAUCCUUUAGAAGGAUUUCAAAUUUGAGACAUAAUUGUUCAACCGCUUUAAUUUUGAAGCAAAUUUUAAUUGACUAACAGCGACUUCAAUGUUAGCCAUUUAUUGACGCCACUGUAGGGAGAAGCUCAUUUGAUCAGCACACUGAAGAUUGCACAUUUUGAUCAGUGAUGUGUUGGAAUUGAGAAACAGGACUUGACCCGACUCUGAAUGUAUGUAAUAGUGCAGUCAGUUUAUACCACUGUGAUAUAACUAAGACUGUGGGACCGUGUGGCGUCCCAUUAGAGCUGCCAAAUCCCAUUGCCUUUUCCAGUGCAGUGGCCAAUUGCAUAAAACACUUUCAGUUAAAUUAGUUUCCCCCCUAAAGUUUCUCCUGAGGACAUUGCAGGAAGCAGCUUGACAUUUUAAGAGUCAACACCCUAGUUAGGGAACAUGCAUCUUUACUUAAACUUAAUAUUCUUCAGAGAAUCUUGUGGUAAGGGGAAACCAGUGAAGAUCUGAAACUGUAAUACAAUGGUUUUAUGAUUUUUUUUUUUUACGGUUUUCUGUGACUUGUUUGCACUUGUGUGUAGCAACAAUACAUGUUCCUACUAAAUAAACAAAUCUGUUAUUGCACAAA